AUGGUCAGGUCUAAGGUGGACCCAGAGCAGGCGCAGAAGGCCAUCGAGGCUGUCCGCAGCGGCGCAAUGUCUCUCCGGGCUGCUGCACAGGCCUAUGGCGUGAACAAGCGCUCCCUCUCUCGCCGGCUGAGCGGUGAUGUAAGCAUGGAUGCAAAGGUUGGUCCAAGGACUGUGCUCACAGUCGAGGAGGAAAAUUUUGUUGAAGAUGCACUGCUGUACGCUGCUCGUCACUUCAUCGGGAUCGACCGGACCGCGCUGCAAGAACAUGUGCGCCAGCUGUGCAACGACGGUCGGGAUAUCUCGUGGGAUGCAGCCGUCGGCCCGGGGCGAUCAUGGCUAGACGGCUUCUUCAAGAGGCAUCCUGCGCUGUCGGAACGCAGCGCCCGCAUCUACGAGGCCAACAGAAUCAUGAGUGACGACGAGACUUGCCUGCAGACGUUCUACAAGGACUUUGGCGAGUUCGUUGACAAGGAAAAUAUCCCUACCUGUGGAACACAGAUGAGACAGGAGUACACAGACCUAGAGAGAGCGGUACCAGGUAGCACUCCACAAGGCACCAAGACAAUGAAGGUGAUUGCGGAGAGCGGACAGAAAGUGGUUGGAGCGAUGCGUUCAAACUCGAGAGACAACGUGACGGUGGUGGUCACCAUCAGCGCGGCGGGUGCCACCCUCGCCCCGUGGAUCAUCUACAAAGGGCAGCGUAUGCAAGCGGACUGGGUCAAAGGCAGAAACGGCCCUCCGAACGCGAGACUGGCAGUCACCGAUUCCUCGUUCAUGCAGGGGACCGUAUUCGUCAACUACAUUCGCGACUUUCACCGGCAGCUUCUCGACCGCGGCUUGAUCAACGGCACGCCACACGUGCUCGUGCUUGAUGGCCACGCCUCGCAUGUUACCUACGAAGUUGUCAAAUUGGCCAGGGACCUAAACAUCGUCCUUUACCAGAUACCGUCCCACUCGUCUCAUGUUGUUCAGCCCUUGGACGUCGGGUCGUUCGGGUCAUUCAAGUGGGAAAUCACCAAGGUUCUCUCGGCCUUCCCGGCACGAAACGGCGGAAGGGUGCCCGCGAAGAGCGACAUGUUGGGCAUUCUUGGGGAUGCUUGGUUGCGGAGCUUUUCCGAGGAACAGAACAUAUCAUCCUUUGCAGGGGCAGGCCUUUGGCCGGUGGACGGGGAGCGGGCGAUGGGUCGACUUCAAGGUGUAGGGAAGAGGAAGGAACGAUCAGGUGCCCGCCCGCCCGUCGAGGACAUCACAGUGGCGAUUUCCGACAAGGAUCUUGCCGACAACCUCGGCCCACGAACGGUUCGCGAGCUGCAGCAAAAGGGUCAGUGCGUCAAGGGCAUCCUUAUCAACACGGUCAUGCUCGGAGCCUUCGUCAAGGCGAAAAAGAAGCAGAAGAAGCUCGCCAUCACCCGCAAGUCGCAAGGUCUCCCGGAAGGAGGGGUUAUCACGUGCGAUGACGUCAUGCCAAAAUACCUCGAGGACGAACGCCAGAAGGUGGAGGCCGAGGAAGCUCUGAAAGAAAAAAGCAUGGCACGGGAGAUCAAGAGGGCAGCGAGGGAGGAUGCGAGCUUGGAACAGGGGGCAAACCGCGCAGGGCGUGGGCAUGGGCGGGGAGGAGGGCGAGGCGACACAAGGGGUGAAGGCUCUAGUGGGCGGGGACAGGGACCGGACGGAGGCAGAGGGGGGCGGGGGCGGGGGCUUGAAGGAGUCGACCCGAGGCGGCGGCCGGCGGGCGAGAGGGAGGUCAGGGGCAAGGGCGGGGGCGAAGAGAAGGAAGGGGCGGGCGUGGGAGGGGCGGCGGGCGGGGUGGCGUUCGUGAUCAAGUGGGGGAGGGGGUUGUGGCAAAUGCCACUGGGCGGGGUGAUGGUCGUGGUCGAGUGGUCGGAGGGGUAGUGGGGAAUGCCGGCGUAUCCAGGUCAGGGCGAACGCUGACGCCGGCACGCGUAGUCGACGUGUAGGUUUUUCUGUACCGAUCCGAACUCAACCUAGUUUGAUUCCAAAUCGGUUGAAACCGCCCUUGGAAUUGGCAAGGAGUCGGCAAUCAAGUGUGUUUUUUUUUUUUUUUGAGCGUCGAGCAGUUCUGCGAUUGUAUGAGGCCACGCUGUACCAUUCUAGCGGUUUGAAUCAGUUUCUGACUGGAAAACCCGGGGAUGUGACCACUCUGUCCCCGGUUGGGGACUCCUCCCCCCCGUUUGUAUUUACUUGCUCCUUGCUAUAGUGUCGAGGUCUGUGUCAAACGGCGAAUCAUGGGGUGAAAGCGAAGUAGAGAAAAACAGGAGAUGCAGCGUCGUGCAUAUCGGGACUGGGGGUUGCCGUAGACGGACGCGAACACGGGUACAUGCACCCGUUUCUUACCGUUUCAUGUCGCGAUUUUUUUGUGAAGUCGUUGUAAACCAGUACCAACUCAAUCCUGAACAUUUUUUUUGGCCCUACCUCGAUUCAUGGUCACGGGGCCCCUCAGCAAGCGAUAAUUGGGGUAUUUUUCCGUCCAAAAAGUUGGUUCGAACCCGGGGAUACGCCAAUUUCAUCCCCGCAUACGUUUUUUUUUUAGCUACGACUCAUAUUCAUAAGGUGAUUGACCAUGACACCAAGUAUCAUGUCCUGAAACGUUGUUUAACGUGCACAAUGUGGCUCUAACGCAAAGUGGGGCUUAAUUGGCGGGGGGUGGUGUUUUCCGUUUUUUCAGCUUCGAGGAGCCAUGUAUUAUACUGACUCUAACAGCACACAAAUUCAUUUUUUUUCGUUUUUUUUUUUCUACACUCAGCUAUUGAUGUUGGCUUUCGUUCAAUACCUCGAUUGUACUCUAGUUCAACCUUUUCACGAAGUACUAGCUUGUUCCGCACAGGGUGGCUUAAGUGGGGCUUAGUAGGGACAUCUACUCCNUCCUGAACAUUUUUUUUGGCCCUACCUCGAUUCAUGGUCACGGGGCCCCUCAGCAAGCGAUAAUUGGGGUAUUUUUCCGUCCAAAAAGUUGGUUCGAACCCGGGGAUACGCCAAUUUCAUCCCCGCAUACGUUUUUUUUUUAGCUACGACUCAUAUUCAUAAGGUGAUUGACCAUGACACCAAGUAUCAUGUCCUGAAACGUUGUUUAACGUGCACAAUGUGGCUCUAACGCAAAGUGGGGCUUAAUUGGCGGGGGGUGGUGUUUUCCGUUUUUUCAGCUUCGAGGAGCCAUGUAUUAUACUGACUCUAACAGCACACAAAUUCAUUUUUUUUCGUUUUUUUUUUUCUACACUCAGCUAUUGAUGUUGGCUUUCGUUCAAUACCUCGAUUGUACUCUAGUUCAACCUUUUCACGAAGUACUAGCUUGUUCCGCACAGGGUGGCUUAAGUGGGGCUUAGUAGGGACAUCUACUCCACUUUGCCUUCGAUUUUUAAUGCGAGAAGAGUUCAGCACCCUCUUCCCUCUAUGUACACACGAACUAGCGCUAUCCACUGGGCCAGGCGCGGAAGCGAGAGAAAAACUCACUUUGCAAGAAAAGCUCGCGUACGCCGGGAUUCGAACCCCUGACCUGACCUCUAGAAGAUCGACCUCGGACCAGUCAACGCCAAUGAUAUGGGGAUGGAGUGUAGACGCAUCGUAGAACGCGUUUUCGUUUGAAGUUGACGUCUUGUUUGAGAGUAGAUGUGACAGAUUUGCGUAGAAUAGGGUAAGAUGUUAUCAUGAACGGAGAUGAAAGGGCUUUUCCAACACGGAGAUGUAGCAUGGAUCAAAGCAUUUGUUGGAUUUCAGCUUUUACAAGCGGACAUCAACGCAGUAGUAUUUUAGCAAGCUUACGAACGCAUAUAGGAUACCAUCAGGAUU